GUCACUUCUUCGCAUGCUCCCGGUAUCGGUGGCCUGGGCGCCCGGGAGUUGCAAUUCCUCCGUAGUCACUUCCCCGUCGACAUUAUGCUGCCGAAAUGUAUUUCUCGUCUCGGUAAACCCGCGAGUUGUUGACGAAGGCUUGAGUAGCGUCUGGUUUUAUUAUAGCCUGCUGUUAUCAGUCGCCAGAAUCUAUGGCGACCCUCUCCGAGAGGCAGAUUUCGACCCUAGUUAGUCAUAGAGAGAGAGCAUUAUGUUCGGAGAGAUCAAUUCGUGCUGUGGCGCGUGUGGGCCAGGCAGUCAACUUGGCUGUGGAGAGGUUUGUUACCAUUGGCGAGACUAUUGCAGAUGACAAUCCUGAGAUCAAGACAGAGAUGUACCAGGCUUGUCGAGAAGCAAGGGCAGCAGGUACAGCUAUAGAGAAGUUAUGUGAGGCCGCACUGGAGGAUUCUUUAACUGACAGAAGUGCGGUGGUGCGUGCAGCACGGUGUCUUCUUAGUUCCGUCACUAGAGUGCUCUUAUUGGCUGACAUUGUCGUCGUUAAACAGCUGUUGCUCGCCAAAGACAAGGUUGCCAGAAGUCUGGGAAGAUUAGAGAGUGUUACCAACUUCACAGAGUUUGUUAAGGCCUUCAGUCAGUUUGGUGCGGAGAUGGUUGAGUUGGCGCACCUGACAGGUAACCGACAGAACGAUAUGAAGGAUGAACGGAGACGGGCUCAGAUGGCAGCGGCACGGCAAGUGUUGGAGAGAUCUACUAUGUUGCUACUCACUUCUUCUAAAGCCUGUCUGAGACACCCUGAUAGUAAUUCAUCAAGAGAGAACCGAGACACAGUGUUUUGUCAGAUGCGACGAGCUAUGGACUUGAUACACUAUGUGGUGAAGGACGGGGUGCUAGAUGGCGGAGGAGGGAUGGAUAGUGGGGGGGAUACGGAGGAAGACUGGGACGCUGGAAAGACGGUGGUGGCUGCCAUACGUCAUUACGAGUCUACGUGUGAAAUGACAAGACUAACGCUGCUGACCCCUGCCACUCGGGAGACGUUAUCGUCAUCGGUCGACACCAUCGUAGAGCGGACCCAAGACUUCACAGACUCAGCCUACACGAGCCACGAGCACCGAGAGAACAUACUGCUGCUCUGUGACCGAGUUCGGAUGGAACUCAAUCAGCUGUUACGUGUUGGGGUCAGUUUGGACCAGACGGAUGGCUACUCGCCGACAAGGGAGAUGGAGAGUGCGGUACUAAGCUGUCUGGAGUCAACAAGAGAACUGCGUGCACAGUUGCAGGUGACGGCCAGAGAGCAGUGCGCAGAUGUGGACAAUCUGACUCGUGCAGGGGUUGAUAUGGUCGGGACACUGCGUAAUACUGCGCUUUCAGCGGAUCAGGAUCGGCUAGACGAGGCAGGUGACAGGUUCAACGAGAUGGUGGAACAUAUCUUAGAGGUGUGCAAGCUGAUGAGGCACAUGGCACCCUCGGAAACGCUGCAGGUGUCAGCUCGUUAUACAGAGAUCAACUUACGGAUAUAUGGACCUCAGGUGGUGACAGCAGCCCACACACUCAACCAGCAUCCUACUUCCAAGAUAGCUAAAGAGAACCUAGAGGUGUUUGCGGAGAUGUGGCAAUCCCUGAUGACUGAUGUGACGACGGUGUGCAAGGAUGUCAUGGAAAGUACUAGGCAGCCAGAGAAACAGACGUACAUGUCCCUACCGAGACCUGGGAAACAUGGAACUACAAGUAAGCCUCUAAAAUCUGUGAGACUUGAUGUAGAGGAGCAAGAGAAAAUUGCGAAGGCGGGGUUGGAGAUGAAGUUAGCAACAUCGGAGAUGGAAGCAGAGACAGAUCGGUGGCAGGAGGGUGUCCUGGGAGGCCCCAACGUCGAUGAGAACAACGACAUUGUCAAGCGUGCGCGGAAUAUGUCACGUAUGGCUUUCAGCAUGUAUCAGUUUACGAAGGGUGACGGACCACUCAAGACAACUCAGGAUCUGUUUACGCAAGCUGAAUACUUUGCGGAAGAGGCCAACAGACUCUACAAGGUUGUACGACAGUUCUCUUACCAGGUGCCUAUUGGAUCACACAAGAAGGAACUUCUGGAGCACCUAGAUCGUGUGCCCACGUAUGUGCAGCAGUUGCAGUUCACCGUCAAGAAUCCCACGGUCGGCAAGGCUGCCACAUUCACCAAGGUUGAUAGUGUAAUCCAUGAAACCAAAAACCUCAUGAGUGUUAUUUCUAAAGUUGUGACAACAUGCUUUGUCUGCGCCACCAAGUAUAACCUGGACUUCCGAGGUCUGUCAACGCGUGGUUCUGGCGGGGGCAGCCUGCGUGAUGAUGAGGGCUCAGGGGCUGGAGCGGGGGGUGAAGGGGGCAAGCUGGGUGGGGGGGCAGGCUCGGACCCGUCCAUAUGACAGUUCGGGAUGGCUCGCAGAGGCAAGGGGGACGCCCGUCGCACUCGGGUGUCCUUCCUACUCUUCUGAGCCAGUUCCCGAACUUCCAGAUGCGACAUUCGGCUGGCCAUGCAGCUCUUCAAAUCAGUGCCAUCUGUAUGGUAGACAUCUUCCUCUUAAAAAUAUUAGUACUAUUAAUAAAUCUAAAGUUGUAGCUGUAAUUACUUGUCUCUUCAAAUUUAUCAUUGCACUUUUUCUUCUUUUUCACAAUCUUUUCCUCACAAACAGGCCUGAUUAACAAUUAGUGGGCCGUAAACCUAGUACAAAACACAAAGAACGGUUACGACAGGAACUGAUUCAAGACAAUAACUUAACUUAGUUCUUUAGCAAUCGUUAUCGUUUCAGUCAUACAGAAGGCACAGGAUUUGACAGUGAAACAAAAUUAAAGUGGUUACAGGUUACGAUAUAGGUUCCACAAGCAGUUCAAGUUCCUAAUGGUUUGUAUUCAUUAUUGAGUGUUCAUUUAAGCUCGGUUCUUGGUAUUUUGAAUCAAUGUGUUAGACAAUAAAUAAUAUAGUAUAUUUAGUCGGAUUAAUUUUGUUUCACCAUGGCUGUGAGGUUGGCCGAAGUGUCGAGUUGGGCGGUGAUGCGCUCAGUGACUUGGAGAUGACAAAUGGUUUAGGCAAUAUGAAGGGUUGUUUAACCUGGAUGUCGAGUGACAUAACAGCAUCUCUGUUGUACAAGUAUUCUGUUGUGAUCUUCACACCAUACUUUACAGUAGUCGAGCUAACUUUGAAAAUACAAGUCAGAAAUCUUCAGUUCAAUUUGUUGGAGAAAAAAAAAGCUACCAGCUUUCACAGAAGACCACUAAAUGAGUUAUAGAUGUCUAAAUGUUGAAGUUCCUCAUUAGUGUAACCAGUAUGAACAAAAGUUGCAACUAAGCAUAGGUGCUCAAAAUGUAUACUGUCAAAACCAAAGUCUAAACUUUAGUAGUUUUUCAAUCAGGUUGAAAGAAAAAUAUGUUAUGUUUAUCCUCUUUGGAUUGUUAAACGUAGCUAGUAAAAAGUGAAUUAUAAACCAUAUAAUCAUUAAGACAUUCAUAACUCAUUUAAAUCAACACUAGAGGAAGCUUGUAACAUUCACAGUUUUCAUGUUCUAUACAAAUGUACAUCCUUUUUUUUAGAAAUCCUUCACUAGAAAUCAUUUGGUUUCUGGCUGUCUAAAAUCAUCAACUCUAGGGUCGUAUCUGAGAGUGUCCUUUUUUAAGAAAGACAAACUAUUACAAAUAUUUUGACAAGUAUGAAAUAUUUUAGACCACUGGUAUCAAAAGUAACAUUACACAAGUUAUGUUAUUCUAGGAACAAUAGAAUAAUCAUUCUCUCAUUUGAAACCUAGCCCAUUUAUGUUUAUUCUUUAUCAAAUAGUUGGUCUGUUGGAAAACUGGUGUAGUGUUUGAGAAGUAAAGAAAUGAAUCAAUAAAAAAUAUCAAUUGACAGGUAAGACUGAGAGCUGUUAAGUCACUCUGGUCUGAGCUAUUUGCCGUCUUCAAGGGUACCACUACCACAGUCACAGUUGGGGACUCAGUUGUCCGGGUGAUACUCGGUGGUGCGACAAGGCGUGUCACUUCCUGUCAUAUCCCGCCAUUCCCUGUUCAUGUUCUAAAUGAGGAUCCUACGUGGAUGACACACCGCUCGACUCUACAGACUUCCAUUCCCGGCCCGCAAAGUACAAAGUCGUCGGUUACUAUUCGAGUGGUGUGUCCCCACCGACUAUAACAUAAUGUAAUAUUAGUGUUUUUUUUAUACAUAUAUAUUCGCAUUGUUUUGUAAUCAGUGUAUUUUUUGAAAGUCGAUCGUUUGAAUCUUUACAAGGUGUUCCCGUUACAGAUGGAUUUAUUUAAAACACUAUCAGGGAUAUUGAUGUUCUAGUUUAGAGCAUGAGUAAUCUGCCUUUUCGUAUGUCUUGUACACGAUAAUAAUUAUAGUUAGGUUUUUAAUAACAUUUUGUAUAUAUGUACAUGGAUGGAAUUGUAUUUUGUUAAGUAUUGUUAGUACCGACGAUGUACGCGGCUAUGUUUGCUCCGCGUCAGCACAAGUUACGGCGCACACGUUCGUACCCUGGGCUGCUGAACUAGACACGUUUUUGAGUAGCACAGAGCUUCAAAUAAGACUUAAAUAAUGUUUUGACAAAUCUUAGAAUAAUUAGAAGUUGUUAAUUGAUCGUUUCAUUGUGGAUUCCAAAAGCAAACUUAUUACAAGAUUUAAAGUGUCUAUUUUUAUCCGUAAGUGAAUGUAGCUAUGAACAUAGUGGUCAAAGUUUUUCAAAUGCCUGGAAGUACGGAUUAUUUGCAUUUCGCUCAUUGUCUGUUAGUGUUAUUUAGAAAUAUCUUGUUGUUUUAUUAAAAAAAUAAUAGUUGUAAAAAAGGUGGAUGACAUUUCAUUCAUUAGUAAGGUGAAAAUAAACAUGAUUUAAAGGAUUAACUUGUUAUUUAAAUGCUUUACAAAGUGUUCAAUAUUUCUUCCUUUGUAAGACAAUAAGUGUAGAGAAGCUUUGUAAAGAAGAGGUGAAAAUUAUUUUACUAAUAGUUGUAGUAGUUUGUUUUUUGUAGGGUUUAUUUACCUAAGUUUCUUUAAGGCAAUCUAUGAAAUCUUGUCCAUCUUCAAGUUAAAAUAUCAACAUCUCUGUUUUAUAUCGAUUAAGUUUAAAUAUUAGUCAAUGAAUUUGGGAUUUUGCAUUGUUGCACACUUUUUACUAAUUGUAUCAAAGAAUGACAUAGCUUUUAUCAGUGAAAAGAAUAAUCAUAGUCGAUAAAAUGUAGUUAAGAAUUUUUCAAUCACCCUAGUUACCAUAUUAUCUUGUUAAUAUCGUAAGUUUUUUACCGAGUUAGACAAUCUCACCUAACCCUGACCCAGAGAUGCAGUUUUGCUUUUGGAAAACGGUCUCAACUCUGAGAUUUGUUGAAAUUUGAUUCUUUAAAGUGUUUUUAUAUAGGUAGUUUUUGUAUAACUAGUGCCGCCUGUUUUGAGAGUAGAUGUCCCACGAUCUGUGAUAACCAGUAAGCGCCGGCCUAGCGCGCUACCCGCUGUCGGCAAGCAGCUAGCGGCUAGCAACGGCGAUCCCCUCCCACCCUGUCUCAGUGUGCCAACCGCUGCGCUGGCUCCGUUGUUGUACAAACUUAGUUUAGUCGGGGAUGUGCGGAUGUUGUUGUUCAAAACCUUGAAGAAGAAGAUUAGCUAUAAAACAUAACACUUUUUCUGAGUUUAACGAAGGUUGCAAUUGACAAGUAAUUAUUUCUGUGGUGAAAUAAUCGAUAAUAAUAAUGUAAACAAUUGUAGAAUUGUGAUAUCAAACCUCAGUAGCUAAAUUAAUAAUAGUGAAAUAAUAUUAAAAUGUAUUAAUAAUAUUACAAUUUAAACCACAAAAAUAUCAUUUUCAUAUUUUACCUAAGAAAGCUGGUGGUAACACAAAGCAAACGCGUACAUCCCCUUCCCUGCUCGAUCGUUAUAAAGGAUGUUUAACCUAAUGUUCUAGUCAAAUAAAUAAUUGAUAUAUUUUAAGAAAGUGUAAGUUUAUAAAAUAAUGAAUUCUUGAUGUAUUUCUAAUUGUUACAAAGUUUUUUUUCCAUUUCAUCAUCGUAUUUGACUUAAUAUGACAAACCUUGUACAUUGUGAUUGAAACGCAGGGUGUUUAGGAUACAAUCAAUUGAUAACCUUCCCCUUUUUUACUCUAACUGUUGUAACCUACCUUGUUACAAUGUUUGUCGUUGUUGUGUGCAUAUGUUUUCUGUUAGGAUAAUUAAUUGUAAAAGCGUUUAUUUUAUAAAUUAUAAUUUUAAAAAACACCAAUAAAUAUAAUAAUACCUGUGUAAACUAGUUCCUUGUGUUAUAACGUGGGUUUCUGACUGUUAUAAGGUGUUGUUCAAUGGAAGCUAUUUUUAAGACAUCCUUUGAUCUACUAGUUGUGCCGUUAGUUUUGUUUGUUUUGAAUUUGUUGUGCACUUAAGGGGAAUUUCAUGUUGUUAUUCUUUUGAUAAUUGUCUUCCAUUAUAGGAUGUAAUUUAUUAGAGUAUUUAAGUUACCAUUAGUUUGUGUUCAUAAAUCAUGUUUUUGUUCUUUUAUUUAUUUGUGUAUAUAUAUAUUUUUUUUUUUGUAUGUGAAACCCUACAAAUGUUCAUACAAGUUUGAUUUUAAUGAAAAUAAUUAAUUGAAUUCUGUAAAGUUAUUAAAGUAACGUUAUGAAUGGUUUAUGUAUUGAAUAACAUUGAAAAUAAAAAUUUAUAGAAUUCAAAGCUUUAUGUUAAAACUUGAAAAAUGAAAGUUGUAAAUUUAAAAAUCUCAUAUUAAAAUGGAAAGUAUUUGGAAAAAUAUUAAUAGCCAAAGAUUCUAAAAGACUUUUUGUAGUAACUGACAAAAUGUAGAUUACUUUCAUAAUUUGUUUAUAAAUCAAAUUCUUCAAAGCAGGAAUUGUUUGCAAUCUAUUAGAAUAAGAAACAUGUUUUUGAAGAUUAACUACUUAUUUUAUAUUAGAAAUCCAAAAUUACAUAACUUAUGUCAUGAGGUUUCUUUUAUUUUUGGAAAAACUAAAUAAACACUACAAAAUAUGUUUCUUACUCACCAAAACAAGUAAUGUGUACUUGUUCCAGCAUUUAGAAAUAAUUCAGUAUGAAGACGAAUUCUAACACAUUCAAAAUCUUGAUGUAUUUUGACCUAACUGUGGAGAACCAUCUUCAGCCAAUAAAUGUUGAACUAAGACUGCCAGGUUUUCAGUAAUUUUAUGUCUCUUUUGUUUAAGUUAUUUUACUUCUGAUUAUUUCUAAGGUCUCUCCUAUUAUCCUUCUAUAAUAGUAUGGACUUUUUACAAGUACUUUUGAUUGUAGGAUUCUAUUGCUUGUUUGGUUUUAUAACUUGUUCUGCAAUGUCUGUAUCGCGAUGUAUUAUGUGCCUAAAAGUUAGGCACACAAAACAUUUCUGCUGAUAUACAGGCACUGAAAUAUUUUGAUUCUCUGAAGCUAGAUUUAAUUGUGUUAGCAAUUUUUCAAAUAUGUGAACAGGAAAACUUGGAUGAUAAUCCCUGUCCUGUAUUCUAAAUUAGCGAAUUCUGUAUGUUAAGACCACUGAAUUACCAUGGAAUAAUAUAACCUUAAAAUACCAUAUCAGAUUAUGGUUUAUAUCAGAAUAGUGUAGAGCUAACCAGAACACAAAAGUUGUGUUUUGUCUUCCUUCCAGUAUUUAGUAUCUUAUCAGUUCUGAACCAAGCACGUUAUUAUGAUGCCAUUUUACUUCAGACUUAUCUAUGUAUUGAAUUGAUAUUUCUUUCUGUCCGGGUUUUAUUCUUCAUUAGUUUUAUAGAUUUAUUAAACAAAAAUUAAAAUAUAUAAAAUUUAGACUAUUGAUUACGCACUGUUAUAAGCAUAACUCAACAUUUUAGGAAUUUUGGUCAACCACAGAUUAAUUGGUUUCCAGUGUACAAACAAACAGUUUAGGAACAAUAAUUAUAAGAAUGAUUAUUGAUUUAAAUUUUGAAAUUGAGAAUAUUUAGAAUGAACCUAUACUAGUACUAACAUUACUGCAUUACUGCAGUACAUUACUGCAAAAUUCAUAAAAAUUACAAAUGAAAUAAUAAAAUACUGAUCUCUGAGAAAGGUUAUGAAUUUUGUUUGUGUACUUCUUUCAUUUAAUUCAAUUAGUAUUUGAAUUUUGUAAUUUUACUUUUAGAUUCACUUGAAAACAAUUUAAAUAUUUAUUUGAGUUUAUUUCAAAUUAAUUUUAGUAUUUAUGGUUAUUAUUGACAAUGUUUACCUGAACUCUAAUUAAACUUGUGAUAAGUUGUUAAGGUUAGAAGUAGUGUGGAUAAAUUCUAAACUAGUCAUCAAUAGAGACUGUAGACUAGUGGUGUGAUGAUCCCCUUAAGUUGCACAAUCAUCUGUAUUGUGAAGACAUAUCAUUUUUAUGCUGUUAUCAUCUUUUUGUUGGGGUGGAAAUUUGUAGCCUGUUCUAUUUUAUAAAUGUAUGUUAUUUAUUAUGAUAAUUAUUAACAAUGCUAGACAGGCAAUAAAGACAUAUUUUGAUUAGGUUAGACAUUUAA